AUGUCUCAGGAUUAUUUUGGAUUCUCCUGGAGAAGGAGCAAUGCAAGAAACGGCACGACCUCCGUGGCUGUUAACAACGCAGCAGAUAUCUCCGUUAUUGUGAUUUACUUUUUGGUUGUCUUGGCUGUCGGAGUAUGGGCUAUGGUCCGCACCAACCGAGCCACAGUCGGUGGCUUUUUCCUUGCAGGGAGGAGUAUGGUGUGGUGGCCGAUCGGAGCAUCACUGUUUGCCAGCAACAUUGGCAGUGGCCACUUUGUAGGAAUCGCUGGGACUGGUGCAGCUGCAGGAAUAGCCAUCGGUGGCUUUGAAUGGAACGCUCUUGUAGUGGUCGUCAUUCUGGCAUGGCUGUUUGUGCCCAUCUACAUUAAAGCUGGGGUGGUCACCAUGCCUGAGUACCUGAAGAAGAGGUUUGGAGGACAGCGUAUUCGCAUCUAUCUCUCAGUGCUGUCCCUCGUUCUGUAUGUUUUCACCAAGAUAUCAGCAGACAUGUUCUCUGGCGCCAUUUUUAUCAACCAGGCUCUUGGGUUGAAUAUCUACCUUGCUGUUGUCAUGCUGCUAUUGAUUACUGCACUGUACACUGUCACAGGUGGAUUGGCUGCAGUGAUCUACACGGACACUUUACAGACCAUCAUCAUGGUUGUUGGAUCAUUCAUCCUUAUGGGCUUUGCUUUCAAUGAGGUGGGAGGUUAUGAAAGCUUCCAGGAGCGCUACAUGAAGGCCGUCCCUUCUAUGACGACUAACAUCAGUGCAAGCUGCUACGAGCCUCGGGCUGACUCCUUCCAUAUUUUUAGGAAUGCGAUUACAGGAGACCUGCCAUGGCCUGGCCUUGUGUUUGGACUCACCAUUCAGGCCAUGUGGUAUUGGUGCACUGAUCAGGUGAUUGUCCAGCGCUGCCUCUCAGCCAAGAAUUUAUCUCACGUUAAGGCAGGCUGCAUCUUGUGUGGCUACCUGAAGCUGCUGCCCAUGUUCCUCAUGGUUUUCCCCGGUAUGAUCAGCAGGAUCCUCUAUGCUGAUGAGGUGGCAUGUGUGGAUCCAGAUGCAUGUUUAAAAUACUGUGGUGCCAGUGUUGGCUGCACUAACAUCGCUUAUCCCAAACUGGUGGUGGAUCUCAUGCCCAAUGGUCUGCGAGGUCUUAUGCUGUCGGUGAUGAUGGCCUCUCUGAUGAGCUCUCUUACCUCCAUCUUCAACAGUGCCAGUACUCUCUUCACAAUGGACAUCUACACUAAGAUCCGCCGCUCAGCCACUGAAAGGGAGCUCAUGAUUGCUGGCAGAGUGUUUAUCUUGGGCCUGAUUGGUGUGAGCAUAGCAUGGAUCCCCGUGGUGCAGUCAGCCCAGAGUGGUCAGCUCUUUGACUACAUCCAGUCCAUCACCAGCUACCUCACACCACCUGUUGCAGCUGUCUUCAUGCUUGCCAUCUUCUGCAAACGUGUCAAUGAGACUGGUGCGUUUUAUGGCCUCACGAUUGGCCUGUUAAUCGGCCUGUCCAGGAUGAUUGCUGAAUUUGUUUAUGGGACAGGCAGCUGCGUUAACCCCAGUAACUGUCCCACCAUCAUAUGUGGAGUCCACUACCUCUACUUCUCCAUCAUCCUGUUUGUUAUCUCCUGUAUCAUCAUCGUGGGACUCUCACUCAUGACCAAACCCAUUGACGACAAGCAUUUGUAUCGACUGUGCUGGAGCCUAAGGAACUGUACGGAGGAGAGGGUGGACCUUGAACAGGAUGAUUGGAUUGAUAACCAAGGGUCCAACGAUAUGGACAUAGAAGAGCCCGAGGAGGAACCAGGCUUGUGCAAGAAGGUGGUGAUGUCCUUCUGCGGCCUGGAGAAGCAAACAGCCCCGAAGUUGAGUCCAGAGGAGCAGGCGGAGCUGCAGAAGCAGCUGACAGACACCACUGAGAAGCCUUUAUGGAGGAGCGUUGUCAACGCCAACGCCAUCAUCCUCCUGUGUGUGGCUGUUUUCCUUCAUGGUUUUUACGGUUAAUAGGAGCAAACAGAGAUCACAAAAUGCCUCUUACUUACCUGUAAUAAAUAACAGAUGUGGGUUAGUAAGUAGAAGAUGGAAGUAUGGUACUGUAUUCAUUCUACAUAAGCCGUUCUCUGCUCAAAGUUCUCGAGUGCUGUCAUUUAAAUAUAUGCACAUAUACUGUAUGUUGUUUUAAGUGUUAAUGAAUAAAAACAUCUCAGGGAAGAAGGGUUGUGAAUUAAACAGAA